GCAAUGCGCGUCAUGUGAUGGGGCCUGCGAGAAAACGCCAACAUGGAGCCGAGACGAGGAGGGCACAGUCCCGGACAAUAACACGAGAAAAGAGCCGCGGGGAGACGCCAGCUGUCGUGCAUUCGCCCGCCGGGGGUUCAAUCAGUGUCAGAUCGAAGUGUUGUCAAACUGUGGCCUUGUGGUGGUAGAUUUCCCCCCUUCCUCCACCCACCUUUCUUUAAAAAAUCUGGAUAGCAACAAAUGGUCUCCAUAAGUGAUAAAGCGGUGACCACUGCUAAUGAUUCACUUAAGGACCAGGUGAUGGUCACCUUGCCCUUCGUAGACAUAGGGGGUAGUGAGGGGGGUAGUUCGGCCUCCUGCUCCAGCCCGGAAAUGGGCGAUGCUGGCACUUAUCUUGGUGGCAGCACUGGGGAGGAAGAGGAGGAGGACGCGGCGGGUGCGGAGGAGGCCCUGGGUGUGGCCGGGCUUCCCUGUUUGCCUGAUUUUAUCUCGCACGUUUCUAGUACCUUCUCCCCAACUCUGGAGGACAUUGAGGAGUUCUUGAUGGAGAAGAUGGAGCUGGUCAAGGAGGAUCAGUUGAACCCAGAGGAGAAGUCUCUGGAGGUCAUUUCUGAAGAGCAGCCGUCUUCCCCAAGUAAGCUGAAUGAUCUGGAAGCCAAAUCUUCCACAGCGACCCCUGUUAGCCAGAAUGCUAACGCUGCGGCUAGCUCGGCUCCGGUGCUGGUUGGAGCUCCGCUGGUGCUACAGAUUCAGCCCGUACAACUUGGCGAUCCUCUUCCCCAGCCGACCUCCCAGGCUGGGCCAGCCAGCGGGCUGCGGGUGGCACACUUGGUGCUGGGCGUCCAGGGUGGGCAGAACAUCACCCUGCUUUCACCGCAGGUGCCCUCAGGAACCCUCCUGCCCAUCGUGGGUGAGGCGGGCAGCCAAGAUCAAAAGUAUGUGAAGAUCGCCCCUUUGCCAAUCACAGUAAGGGCAGUCGGCAUAACAGGCACCAGCUUGGUCAAAGCCAUCCCUCCACGCCCGCCCAGACCCUCCACAGAGACUCUGAGGGUGCACAAAUGCUCACAUCCAGGGUGCGAAAAGAUGUACACCAAAAGCAGCCACCUCAAGGCCCACUUUCGGAGACACACAGGCGAGAAGCCGUACUUGUGCAGCUGGCCGGACUGUGGCUGGAGGUUCUCGCGGUCGGACGAACUGUCCCGCCACCGUCGGUCUCACUCUGGAGUCAAGCCUUACGAGUGCAAGAUGUGUGACAAGAAGUUUGCCAGGAGCGACCACCUAUCCAAACACACCAAGGUGCACAGGAGCCCACGUGCGAGCAGACUAAUCAGAACCAACUUCUGACGCGCCAGGACCCCCAUCUCUCGCCACCACCAAACUAGAGCCUGGAGGCUAACGGGGAACGUCAGAGGAUCUCUCUCUAAAGAGGCUCGCGAGCUGCAGUCUUCCUUCAUUUUCCUUCCCUCCUCCUGUUUUUAUUAAUAGUUUAUCCAGAUGUUUGCUUUCUUGGUGCUACAGUAAGCUAACUCAAAUCUCAGGGAUGUGAUUGUUCAGCUCAAAGCAGAUUUCUGGCAAUCCGCUUGUGUCAGCCGCCAACCCGAGCCUAGCUGAUCGCUCCAUUCUCUUCAUCGGUGUUAAAUUCAUAGGCUGAGCCAUGGAGGAUAAUGUGGGUUUUUUGCUUUUAACUAAGGUCAAAUAAAGAGAUUAGGGGGAGGUUUUAGAAGGCAAUCCAAUGCAAAAGCAUGGUGCUAAACGUCUCUAGAUGUGGCAGUGCUCCCCAGCAAGUCUGAUCUACACCGAUCAGGCAUAACAUUAUGAGCACCUCCUUGUUUCUACGCUCAUUGUCCAUUUUAUCAGCUCCACUUACUAUAUAGGUGCACUUUGUAGUU